AGCCCGGGGCGCAGGCCAUGGCCGCUUUGGUCGACGACGCCAUGGAGAACUACUCGUCGUACCCUUCCUACAACCCUUACUCCUACCGCUACCCGAGAGGGAAAGGCGGGCAGGGUCCUUGGAGGCAGCGGGGUGGCUACUUCUCGGGUUAUGGCGAGACGGCGGCGGUGGCGGCCGCGGCGGCCGAGUACUUCGACAACUACCAGCGGGCGCAGCUGAAAGCCAUCCUGUCCCAGGUGAACCCCAACUUGACGCCCCGCCUGCGCAAGGCCAACACCAAGGAGGUGGGCGUGCAAGUCAACCCGCGCCAGGACGCCUCGGUGCAGUGCUCGCUCGGGCCGCGGCCGCUCUUCUUGCGCCGCCGCGCCGUCGCCGUCGACCAGGAGCAAGGCAGCCCCGUCACUGGCAGCUGCCGGCCCGUGCGCUUCCCCAGGACCAUCGCCGUCUACUCGCCCGUGGCUCCGCGGCGCCUCACUACUUUCCUGGAAGAAGCCGAGCCGCCGGACGGCCCCACCGCGGCAUCGACGCCGCCCUCUUCUCAGCCGCCGAAAGCCGACGAGGCGCGCGCCGGCGAGGAGAAGGCUGCCCACCAGGAGGGUCCCGCCGACCUGCAGGAGGAGCAGCGGCCGCGCCCCAAGGCGGAGAGGAAGGAGGUCUCGGGCCCAGCACCUGAAGGCGGCCAGGAGCAGCCGGCGAAGCCUCGGGAAGACGGCGAGGAGGCGCCGCCCCAGCCAGAGGACAAGCGGGGAGCCGAGGCUGCGGAGAAGCCCUCGGAGGCUCAAGAGCGACCUCGAGAGGAAAGCAAGACCCGCGUGCGCUUCCAGUUCCUAGAGCAGAAGUAUGGCUAUUACCACUGCAAGGACUGCAACAUCCGCUGGGAGAGUGCCUAUGUGUGGUGUGUGCAGGGCACAAACAAGGUUUAUUUUAGGCAGUUCUGCCGAACUUGCCAGAAAUCCUACAAUCCCUACCGUGUGGAGGAUAUCACCUGUCAAAGUUGCAAGCAGACGAGGUGCGUCUGUCCUGUGAAAUUGCGCCAUGUAGAUCCCAAGAGACCCCAUCGUCAGGAUCUCUGUGGAAGGUGCAAAGGCAAACGUCUCUCUUGUGACAGUACAUUUAGUUUCAAAUAUAUUAUUUGAGCAGGAUAGUAGCGAAAUAAUCCUUUAAUAUAAAUUUGCAAUGACGCAGAUAUUUUGCUUGGAAACAGCAGGCUGCAACAGUGCAAAGCCUGCCAAAUGAAGCUGUAGUAUACUAAAGCAAUUGUGAAUCCUAAUGCAACCUAAUGUCCACUUCAUUUUUUGUAAUUGUAUUAAGGGGGGAGGGACUCUGCCUGGCAUACUGUGACUCAGCUAUCUUUUUUUGGAGAGAACGAAGACUUGAAAAGCAAGUUCAGCAAAAAAAGGGGGGGUGUUGCUGGUGAUGGGAGAGCCUUACUUAAACCCUCCUAUCCAUGUGUACCAGCCUUCCUUCUUGUUACCCUCUUGCUAUGAAAUGCUUCUAUGUAGAACCUAAUGCACUUAAGUGGCCCCAAACUGGGAAAUGCAAUUGUAUGUAUGAGUUUCACAUUGACAAUUGCUCUAUACAGGGCAGGUAAAGUUAUGGGAAAUAGUUAAAAUUUAUGGAGAAUCAAAUAUAUAAUUGAUAUGGAAAGGGGUGGAAUAGCAGUGAAUUGUUUAUUGCUAGAAGUAGGAGGCAGUGAUGUAUAGUCCUUUAGAUUUCUUCAACUGAGGUGUACUUGAAUGGUGCUGGGUAAAAACUAGACAAUUGUUCUGGAUCUAAGUUGUGUGCAUAACUGAGUAUUGAUAGGUACAGUAUUUGGUACAAUGGGAGAACUAUUUCUGACCAAUGCCAGUUUAACUUUGUAGGUGAGUGGCAGGAUAUGUCUAAUGGCUGGCCAUUAUGCAAAAUUGAGAGAUUAAGAUUCUGUGUCUUGAGCCAAGACAGUGAAUGGCAUGCUUCUAAAUAUUACCUACAACUUUCAUGAUGAUGAGGCGCUAUCUGAGUGAAUGUAUAAAUAAAGGGAUUGUGAUGCUUUAU